UUUCUUCAGUUGUUUUCAUCAUGAAAUUCGCGUGUGCUUCGAUUUUGCUUCUUGUUGCCGUUGUCGGCGCCAACGCCGUGGACUGGAAGUCCCUCAAGUCAUUGGACGUUGAUGCCAAUGUGCCCAUGAUUCGUCGUCACGAUUCACCAGCCGGGCGCAUCACCAGGGGCGAGACUGCUGGACGUAAUCAAUUCCCUUAUCAGGCGGGACUCCUGCUCUACGUCGAAGGAGGCGCUGCCUGGUGUGGAGGCACUGUGAUCAGCGAACGAUAUAUUCUUACGGCUGCUCACUGCACAGACUCUCUAACCACCGGCGUGGAUGUCUACCUGGGCGCAUGGGAUCGAACCAAUAAGAAGGAAGAGGGUCAACAGAUUAUCUUUGUGCAGACUAAAUCCGUGAUUGUGCAUGAGGAGUGGGACCCGUCCACCCUCACCAAUGAUAUCUCUCUCAUCAAGCUGCCCGUGGAAAUUAUAUUCAACGAAUAUAUUCAACCAGCUAAGCUGCCCGUCAAGAGUGGCCAGUACAGCACAUAUGCUGGCGAACAGGCUAUUGCCUCUGGCUGGGGGAAGACUACCGAUCAGGCAACUGGGGCCACUGACAUUUUGCAGUAUAUUACUGUCCCCAUAAUGAACAACUCAGGCUGUUCACCGUGGUACGUUGGUGCCGUGAGCUCAACGAACAUUUGCAUUAAGACCACUGGCGGCACUUCCACCUGCAACGGCGAUUCCGGCGGUCCUUUGGUAUUGAAUGACGGCAGCAACACCCUAAUUGGCGCCACUUCCUUUGGCAUUGCUCUUGGUUGCGAGGUUGGCUGGCCAGGUGUGUUCACACGCGUCACCUCCUACUUGGACUGGAUCGAACAAAACUCCGGUGUCGUUAACAAGGGCAUUUAAAUUUGAAAGCGUGCUUAGAAUAAAAACUUACAUUGUCGCAUGAAUA